ACAAAGUCAACACACGGACUUCGCCAAGAUUUUCCAUGGAUUUUUCUUUUUGAAAAACAGGGAAUUUCCAUGGUUUUAUACUAUAGAUGACUAGACUAGAUUAUACUAUCCUCGUUCUAGUUCUAGAAGUGCUGAUGCAUGCAACUUCUUGCAAAGACCAACUGCUCCCUGCCUCCUUGCGUAGAACAAGUGUGGAGUUUUUGAGGCCCGUCUCUCCCCUGGCACCUGAGCUCACGCAGAAGCACAGGAAAAACAGGGGAAGGCCAGCAGGAGAUAGGAGAAGCGCGCGAGGGGUGAUCCAUGGCGGGGAGGACGAAGUACGACAACCCUUUCGAGGAGACCGGCGGCGGCGACGAGGUCAACCCUUUCGCGGACAAGGCUACUAGAGAAGCACCGGCUACUCAAUCUGGUUAUUCUGGCGGUUCAUUCUAUGCAACGCAACCACGGCCUAGUCCUUCUAACAUCACCCGCCUUUCGCCUCUUCCUCCAGAGCCAGCUGACUUCUACAAUGACUUUGCCUCCCCACACACAAACAAGGACAUGAAAACAAUGGAGAAGGAGCUUCUGGCCAAGGAGGCUGAGUUAAGCAGGCGAGAGAAGGAAAUUAGAAGAAGGGAAGAAGCUGCGGCACGAGCUGGCGUUGUCAUAGAAGAGAAAAACUGGCCUCCGUUUUUCCCCAUCAUUCAUCAUGAUAUCAACAAUGAGAUACCCGUGCAUCUUCAAAGAACACAAUAUGUCGCCUUUGCGUCACUUUUGGGAUUGGUCGUGUGCCUUUUUUGGAACAUCGUCUGUGUUACUGCCGCUUGGAUUAAAGGGGAAGGUCCCAAGAUCUGGUUUCUUGCGGUCAUCUACUUUAUUCUUGGUUGCCCAGGUGCCUACUAUCUGUGGUACCAACCACUUUACCGCGCCAUGAGGAAUGAUAGUGCUUUGAAAUUUGGAUGGUUUUUCCUGUUCUACUUGGUUCAUAUUGCUUUCUGUGUGUAUGCAGCUAUUUCUCCUUCAAUUCUGUUUGUGGGAAAAUCACUGACAGGGAUUUUCCCAUCGAUCAGCUUGAUAGGGAAGAGCGUCAUAGUAGGGGUGUUCUACUUUCUUGGCUUUGCAAUGUUCUGCCUCGAGUCGUCACUAAGCAUGUGGGUCAUUCAGCGCGCGUAUCACUAUUUUCGAGGAAGUGGGAAAGAAGCACAGAUGAAGCGUGAGGUAGCACGCGCCACAGCUAGGGCAGCAUUUUGAUACUGAAAAAUGAUGCACACAUUGUAUAUGGUUUUUGCUCUCGCAACUUUUAAAUUGCAGAGGCUUGUAAGUUAACUGGCAUGUAGGACUUUGUUUGUCCUAUGCAAAAGUUUCUACCCUUUUUUUAGUUUUUUCCCUACCUGAAUAUAUUAUUUAAAAAGUUUAACCAAACUGGCUUUUGAUCACGAUUA